AUGUCCUUUCCUACCGAUGACCCUUCUCAGCUCUCUUUCGAAACCGACCUAUCCUCCGACGCUGAUUCCGAGGGAAGUGGCCGUCGAAACCCACGAACAAAUGCCGCCACCGGAGCUUCCGCCGCCGGCGUUCGAGCGCUUAGUGCGCAGGCCGUAGCAUUUUACUUUCGGGCACCCGUUAAAGCCUUCUUUCGCACCCGCGUGGAUUAUAUGGUGCUUGCCAGGGCCAUCAACCCUCGACUUGCUCAAGGCGGCAGUUGGUCCUGGAAAACUACUACUCCAGGCUUAUUAGCUCACGCGGUCCGCACGUACGGCUGGACUUUUAUUCCAUAUCAGGUCCUGCCGCCUCUGAUCGCAAACGUUAGUGUUGGAGCAGUCCUGUAUACAUCCUACCUUCAGAUCCUCAACAACCUACAUGGGCCCGCCUUGAUGGCUAAUAGACGCAUUUACCCACCGCCGUCCCCCGUCGACACAUUUCUAGCUGGGUUUGCGGCGGGCACAGUCCAGUCGGUCGUCGCUGCGCCGUUGGAUGCUAUCCAGGCGCGCUUCAGAUCGGACGAAAUGCUCAAUGGUCAGCACCGGAGUGCGUGGCACUAUUGGAAGAAUAAACUUAGCGAACUCGGAAUGCGAGGGAUAUUCUCCGGGUGGACGCUAUCUUUUCUGAAAGACAGUUGCGGCUCGGCUCUGUUCUUCUGUUUGUUUGAAACAAUCAAGUCCCAGGGAUAUUACUCCUUUGUGACACGUUACUAUGGCUCUCUCCAACCCCCUGCGGUGGAAAGGCUGUCAACACUUGCAAACUCUUCGAGCGAGAAUCCAGUCAUCAAGCCGCACUACGCGCUGGAACCGUGCUUUCUGAUGCUCGCCGGCGCAACGGCCUCGAUCGGGCAGCAGGUUGUGUUACACCCCCUUGGGCUAAUUCACAAUGUGUAUUACAGACGGUUGGAACACCUCGAUGACAAACUGAGCCAGAACCAGUCGAGACGCGCCUGGAUGAGAGAUCGCUUCGAUGCGUAUCGAGAGACCUUUGAGCGCUGUCAACGGAAAGCACAGCGGGUCGGAAGCUGGAGGGUUUGGCUGUAUCGUGGGUUCUUGUGGAAUACAAUUCGUCAGGUGCCCAGCACUAGCGCCGGCCUCGUGAUCUUCGAGCUGGUGCGUCGCAAGUAUGGGCUCCCCACGGAAGCCGUUCACAUCAAAAAGGAUGGAUAUGACAUUCUUCUGGCGUAG